AUGUCGCUGCUUGGAAGAGGAUUAAAAUUGAUGACACUUUUUAUUUUGCUUCGAACAGCUGAUGUUCGAUGCAGUUUACCAGUCGAGUUAGCUUCUGAAGAAAAAGUCCUUCCACUAACUACGCUAGCUCUAACAUCAACAUCGUCUAUAGCGACCACCGUCAACGUUUCAACCACUUACGCCACCGUCAUACCACCGAUCCCUCCCAGCGAUAGAGACAGGUUCCUGACCUUCGCAGAAUCUGGUCAUCAUCGGACUUUCAUGUUCGCUAAGGACAACACCUUUAUACAGCUUGACGGUGAUAUCAUACAGAGGUUUCAAUUGAGGUUAUGCCGAGAAAUAUCGUUCAAAUUUCGCACAAGACUGCCUCACGGGUUACUUGUAUAUCAUAAUGUAAAGAAUCCUGUGUUUAAGAUGCAACCAUAUGCUUUGUACGUCAUUGUUGAAAAAGGUGAAUUAAAAGUUGUUCACGUUUUUGGGAAGCACUUGACAUCUGUGACAGUUGGUCGGGCUCUGAACCGUGAUCAAUGGCAUAAUGUCGUGGUCACUAUAGAUGUACACGGCGCUAGGCUCAUUGCUAAAGUUGAUCAGCUCAAGGAAGAGGUGUAUUUGAAGGGACUCAGUUUUGAUACAAAUUACGGAAUAACGGACAAUUUGACUUCAGUAAUUCUCAUAGGAGGUCUAAGCUCAGAAGAAAAACUCCACGGCGUAAAAUAUAUAAUAGAAUCAUUUGUCGGUUGUAUCAGCGACAUGGUUCUUAGUUCAGGGAAGGCUGCUUCAGACCUUCUUCCCAUAGUUCCUCUGAUCGCAACUAAACACGAAAACGUUAAAGAAGGUUGUAUAGAUAAAUGUAGGACGAUGGAGAACCUAUGUUUUGAAGGAUCUAGGUGUAUUAAUGAGUAUAACGGUUAUAGGUGUGAUUGCUUCGGAACUUUGUAUGAGGAACAACUGUGCGAUGUUUACACGGCCACCGUGCUCACUUUACGAGGUUCCAGUUACGUCUCUUAUCGGGUUUACGAUUGGAAAGACCGGGUGCAUUCGACUAACACGAGAGUCAGCCUCCACUUUAAGACCCGUUUCGAUGACUCAGCCCUGUUUUAUGCCAGCGGUCAAAUCGAUGAUAAAUACCACUAUAUCGCUCUCUCGAUACACCAAGAAAAGGUCGCGAUUCAAAUAAACCUAGGAGAUGGGCCCAUCGAUGAUUAUAUUGGCAAUGAAGUCAAUAACAACCAAUGGCAUAAUCUCACCAUAGUCUUACAAGAAAAGAAUGUCUUUGUUUAUCUCGAUGAUAUCAUAGAAGUAUACGAAGUGCCUGGAGACGCCAAAUACGUUUGCAUAGAUCCAGAAAUUUACAUCUGCGGUGGUCCAGACUUAUACAAAAUGAAAGGACUGAGAUCUUUCAAUAAUUUCGCUGGGAAUUUGAAAUAUGUUUAUUACAAUGACGUGUCCAUACUUUACGAACUAAAACAGAAUAAUACUAAAGUGCACUACAUUGGCGUUUUGGAUCCUGAGUUUGAGGAUAUCGAUAUAGAAGUAAUUCCUAUAACGUAUCCGUUCGCGACUUCCCAUAUUUGGUGGCCAUUGAAUCAGAGUAACAGCAUAAACUUGAUAUUUGACUUCAAGACGAGUAAGAACAUGGCGGUUCUAGCUUACAGCCAGAUCACCUCUGGACAAGGCUAUUGGGAGGUGAGAAUGGUCAAAGAAGAAAUAAGAUUCGAACUUGUACCAGACGUGGGGAAAAACGUCACAGUGCUAAAAUCUGUGAAGUUCAACGUUAGCAAUGAUUGGCAUACUGUCGAAUUGGACUAUCGGAAGGGGCGGAUCAAGUUAACUGUGGAUUAUCAUAACAAACAUGCACAGAUGUUUGGUCUAGACUUCCAAUUACAAGACAAAAUAGUUAUCGGUAGCGGCCUUAAAUCAGCAAAUCUUGGUCUCAUCGGCUGCAUGAGGAAUAUCAAAAUCGAUGGACUGCUCAUCGAACCAAGAUACGUAAUAAACACGGAACGGGUAGUUGGUGAAGUAGCUAUUGACGACUGUCGAUAUGUUGAUCCCUGUACCAGACCCAAUACUUGUGAGCAUGGGGGCAUCUGCUCUGUAAGAGAAGACAGGGUUAUUUGCAACUGUGAUAAUACAGGAUACAUUGGCGAGAACUGUCACUUCGCCACAUUCAGAAAGACCUGUGAAGAGUUAGCUCUCCUAGGAUACACUAGAAAUGACGUAUACCUAAUAGAUAUAGACGGCAAUGGUAAAUUUCCUCCAGCUCAUGUAAAAUGCGAGUUCCAGAUCGAAGCAGAUUCUUCAACGACCGUUGUUGAACAUAACUUACCUAGCCAAGUGGACGUACGUUCAGCUCUAGGCCAAGAUUUCAGUUUUAAAAUUAAAUACAGGGAGUUUACUGCAGAGAUGCUUCAGGAGUUGAUAUCCCAUUCAUUGUAUUGUCGUCAAUACAUUAAAUAUGACUGCAAUAUGGCACCUUUGGAACUACACAGCGCAACGUGGUUUAUAUCAUCUUCCAAUGACACCGUUGAUUUUCUAGGAAACGUAAAAAGAGGAUACUGUCCCUGCGGUGUCAAUGCCACUUGUGUAAACCCCACACAGUCUUGCAACUGCGACGCCAAUGAGAGCAAAUGGCAUUCAGAUGAAGGCACCUUCGUAGAUCCGAAGAGUUUGGGCAUUACUGAGAUGUUCUUCCUACAACAGAAGGAUUUGACUGAAGAAGCUCAGGGUAGAAUCACUUUGGGGUCUUUGGAGUGUGUUGAGACUAACACCCAACGCUACGUGGUAACAUUCACAACUUCCCAAUCGUACAUCGAAGUCCCAGGGUGGCGUAAAGGAGACAUCGCGUUCAGUUUUAGGACCACUGGCACCAGCGCCAUUUUAUUGUUCCAACCACCUAUCAGACCCAAUUAUCCAUCUUUUAUGGUAGCUUUGACAAGUGAGCACGAACUAACAUUCAACUUUACCCUUAACACUGGCACAACUAGAAAAUUAGUGAUUAACUCCAAAAGGAAACUAAAUGGAGGUGAAUGGCAUAAGAUUUGGAUAGAUUACAAUUUCUAUCACGUAAGGUUCAUGCUGAAUACGGAAUAUCAGAUGUUGAAUUUGUUGCUGGAAGAAGAAUUCGGACCCUUUGAAGGAUCUAUGUUUAUUGGCGGUGCUACUGCGGAGCACUUUAAAAAAUCUGCUGUAAAUCAAGGUCUUAUAGGCUGCUUUAGAGGUCUUGUAGUUAAUGGAGAAGUUUUGGACAUAUACAGCUACAUGUCUGUUCAUUUAUCGGAAAUCAUAAAAGAUUGCAAGCCAUCGUGUGUCCCUAAUCCAUGUCAGAAUAAAGCCAUCUGCAAAGAACUAUGGUCUUCAUAUGAAUGUAUUUGUAAAAACCAGUGGGCACAUUUAGGAAAACAUUGUGAGGAAAAUAUUAACGAAAAAGCCUUGACAUUCCAAACUAAAGAGGCAUAUCUCAAGAAAAAUUACUUAGUAGAUAAUGAAACAGAUGCAGAAAAACAUAGAUUGAAGAGAAUGAUGACGGAAAACGUACUGAUGAACUUGAGAACUUACGAUGACAACUCUCUAGUACUUUAUGCUAACGACAAUUUGAACAAUUUCAUACAUCUAUUCAUACAUAACGGAACAGAAAUUAUUUAUCUUUUUAACCACGAAGAUGAAAUAAUUCAAAUUAAUGUUACUUACGAGAAAAUAAAUAAAGGUGGCAGUGUGCAAAUAGCGAUUAUACGAACUGAAAACAGUACAACUUUACAUGUUAAUGAUAAAAAUGCUACAGUGUAUGCCGUUGCAAAGCUUCUGUCAAAUUAUACAAAUAAACCUUGGAUAAAUCCAGAGUUAGAAGUGAUCCGUCCACAAAGACCUCCGGCACCACCAACAGACUACUUCCAAAUGAACCUGGGUGGUUAUGAUCCUUACUCUUUACACUUAGCCCAAAGAGCGAACCUUUUGCCCCAAGGAGGAUAUGUAGGCUGCGUACGAGGAUUCAAGAUAGCUGAACAUGUUGUAGAUUUGUCGAUGAAGGCACAGAAAGAUAUAGACCAUGAUCUAACUGGAGUUCUACCAGAAUGCAACAUGAAAUGCGACAGUGAGCCUUGUAAAAACGGUGGCAUAUGCACUGAAGACUUCACCAAUCAAGAAAGCAGCUGUGACUGUGAACUCACCAGUUACUUCGGCGAGUAUUGUAUGGAAGAGAAAGGCGCAGAUUUCAACGGAGAGAGUAUUCUACAGAGGAAAUUUGUGUUACCAGAGAUAAUCAAUAAUGUUAAAAUUACGUUAGCGUUCUCGAGCAAUGAUCUUCGUCAGAAAAAUACUGUUCUUCUAUUGGUGCAAACUGAGAACAAGCGCAGUUAUUAUUUACUAGUAGCAAUAACACAAGAUGGUUAUCUUAAAUUUGAGGAAGACCGAGAAGGUUCAGCUUAUGGUGCAGAAGUUAAAAAUAGGAAUUUCCUGAACGGAGCACGGCACACCGUAUAUUACACAAGAAUAGGUCGUGAUGCUACAUUAUUGAUAGAUAGAAUAGAAAUACCCUUAGAAAAACUAGCCCCACAGGAUCUCUGGGAAGUGUUUGACGUGGGAUCUAACGAAGUGCAAAUAGGUGGACUCAACACUACUGACCCAAGACUGAAGAUCUACAAAGGAUACAACGGAUGCCUUUCAAAUAUCCUGGUAAAAGUGAAUGAUGACGUCAUGAAACCUCUAGAAGAGUACAUGCUGUUCACUCGAUCGGAUUCUGAAAAAGUUAACGCAGUGAACGCACAAGGAGUUCGCAGUGCCCAAUGCUCUGCCGAUUUUGAUGAGGCUUGGCCAGAGAGAGAUCAGUUGGGCGCUACGCAUAACGGGAGUUUUCUUAUUAGUGUCGACAAAACCUGGGUAGAAGAUCCUCCAUCUAGAACUCCCUAUGACUCGUUGUACCAACAGCCAGAUGCUGAAGAAGAGAACACUGAUAAAUUCUUCAUAGCAUUGAUCGUUAUAUUCUUGCUGGGACUCUGUUACUGCGGGUCACAUAUGUGGCGAACCCACAAAGCCCACAAGUUACGACUAGAAAAGGAAACAGAUGAAACUAUAUUGAGAAGUAAAGAAAAGGCGUCGAAACUUCAAGAGGACACUGUCAGCUUCUUACAGCUUACCAAAGACGUAGAUGGCAAUACCGAUGGAGAAAAAAGAACAAACGGUGUUACCAUAGAUGUAGUUCCUACUGUGAUCGUGGAGGUUGAUGUUGAAGAAAAACCUUCGAAUAUUGUUCGGAGAGGUUCCCUGAGGUUCAAAGAUCUUUUGGAAAAAGACCGUGGAUUCGAGCCGUUAGAAGAAAAAGACGAAAGUUUGGAGAAUGUAGAACAAAAUGAGAGCAGUGACGUCAUUGAUGAAGAAGCCGAAUACGAGUCAGAUUCCAGUAACGAGGAAAGAAAUGAUUACGAAAAUCCGCCAACUAAAAACAUGAGAGACCAAAAAGGACCGCCAACUUCUACACUGACAACACAACUACCCUACAAAAUUGAUGAAGAUGGUUCCAAUGAACUGCUUACUCUUAGUGCUUAGAAUAGAGUUCUACCU